GCGCGGCGGGCGGAAGCGGGGCGGGCCGCGCCGGUGGCCGUGGCCGCGGCGGGGAUGGGACAUGUGGCGGCUGGGGGCCAGCUGGGCGCGGCCCGCGGCGCUGCGCGGGGCCCGGGCUCGGCGGGGAGCGGUAACCGGCGUCCCCGGAGCCGCCUGCGCGGGCGGAGUGGCCGCGGGCUCCUCGGCGAGCGGCCUGGCGCUGCGCUCCCGGCCCGGCCCCAGCGGCGCUGGCGGCUAUAAACACCUGAUAAAAGAAGAUGACAGGAAGACAGUUAUCUGCAUCGAGGGGAACAUUGCAAGUGGAAAAACAACCUGCCUGGAUUACUUUGCACAAACCACCAGCAUCGAGGUUUUGACAGAACCAGUGGCUAAGUGGAGGAAUGUCCGUGGUCAUAACAUCCUGGGCUUAAUGUACCAGGAUGCAUCAAGAUGGGGGAUAACUCUGCAGACUUACAUCCAGCUGACGAUGCUGGAGCAGCACACCAAGCCCAUGGUUGCCCCUGUGAGAAUGAUGGAGAGGUCAAUCCACAGUGCCAAGUACAUCUUCGUGGAGAAUCUGUACCGCAGUGGGAAAAUGCCAGAGGUGGAUUAUGUUGUCCUGAGUGAAUGGUUUGACUGGAUCCAGAAGAACACUGACAUUUCAGUGGAUUUGAUCGUUUAUCUGCAGACUUCUCCUGAAGUUUGUUAUGAGAGGUUAAAGAGGAGAUGCAGAGAAGAGGAGAAGAUCAUUCCUUUGGAGUAUUUAGAAGCUAUCCAUCAGCUGUACGAGGAGUGGCUCAUCAAACACACACUGUUUGAAGUUUCCUGCCCAGUGCUUGUCAUUGGAGCUGACCACAACAUGCAGAAAAUGAUAGAGAAGUAUGAAGAAAACCGGGACCAAAUCCUGAACCCAUCUAACAGGCAACAGCAGUUAUAGGAGUCUGCCACUGCUGCAUUUUAAACACAUCAAGUCUGAUCUGGGGACAAUUUGGGGUGUUUUUAAUAUUUAUAAAUAGUAGUUUGCUGCUUUUCUUCCUUUUCAGUUAUGGUUUGUAGAAUGUUGUGAACUUGCUGCUCUGAGAUGUCCAGACCCAAAUCCCUAAUAGAAUAUGAACAUCUCUUUUCUGUGAUUAGGUUCUCUGCCAGCUUCCCUGUGUCAGUUUUAGCCAGCUAGAAUGUGGCUUUCUCUCUCUUUUCCCACUUUGCUGCUUCCUCUAAAGCAACCUAAGUCUCUUCUCACUCUUUCUUUUUCUCCAGACAACCCUAUUUUUGUAUUUAGAAAGAAAUAGCUCCAGCAGAGCCUGAUGGGGUGGCAGCAGCAGAAUAUACAGGAAUCAUUUCUGGAACUCAUUACACAUGACAGGUGUGCUGGACACAGCAUCUUUAUUCAAGGGUUUGCUGUCCCUUCCCAUGUGUAGUUUCUGUGCAGAGGAAGGGUGGGGGGGGUAUUUAAUACUAGAGAAUGAAACAACCCCAAAGAGGUUGUUUGUUCUAUGUCAUAAAUGUGAGAUGUUUGCAGUCUGCUCUAGCUGUGUAAAUUAAAAUGAAAAAGAAUCCUGCAGUCACCAUAAA